CAUUUUUGCCAAAGCAACAAUCAGACAAAAACAAUGUUCUUGACAGCGUUUCACUACGUUUUUAGCGUUUAUAUGUGGAUGGAGAUUUUUUCCACAGCUACAUGUAGAUUUUAAAAAAAACGAAAACAGAAAAUUUCUGUUUUAGUAUAUGUGUACGUAUUCAAAAAUACCCGUGUAUGUGUGAACGUAGCCUAAAUAAGCCCAACACAGAGAACUAUCACAUGCUCACCCAUUAACCUGCUUCAGUUUUAGUUGUUCACUUAUAAAUGCUAGUUGCUAGUCUCUGAAUGCCAACCUGCAUACCUGAUAUUACAUUACUGCAUAAAAAACGUGAUACUGUGAGAGACUAUUUUUUGAUUUGUAGUAAACGAUCAUCUGUAGACAUGCAUAGAGUCCAGAGGUCUAAUUGAUUUUUGUUUUUGCAGCUGCUUUCAGAAAGAAGACCAGUAAAUAAAAAUCAAGCAGUGAUGGAACAAAAGAAUCACAUAAUAAAAAGAGCAGGGCAUCAAGCUCACAGCUUUCUCUAUAAUAAACUUUCUCUAUAAUGCAGGUGGUUGUUAAACAUGUUACUCAGCAGUCGACUGCCUACCAGUGAUGAGAUUUGUUUGUCUGUUCCUGUUGUUUUUCCUGUAACAUGUACAUGUAAUGUUUGAACACUGAACAGAAAGUUCUUCUUAAUGGGAAACAUGACCAACAUUCCCCUGGUGGCAGGAUUUUUUUUUAAAUACACAGUCAGUAGUUUUAAUAGUUUGGAAAAAGGUUUACCCUAGAAAUGCUAAUUAUUGGUAAUUGGCACAUAUCCCACUAAUUUAGUUUACAGGAUCCACACUGUGUGCACAGUAUAUAGUGAAGUCUGCAUGUUUUUGAACAGUGAAAUUAGUUUUGUGCCCAAAUGAUUCUGCAUCAGAAUGAAAAGUUAUUGGCCAUGUUUGCUUUUUAUAAAUAUGCUUUCAUGACAUUAUUGUGUGUCGGGCUAUCCGGACUGACAAGUGAGACAUUGAACGACCAUAUUUAAAAAUGUGUGCAGUGACUUGUGUGUAAUUCUUGAGGACUCAAAAACGCGUGCUUCAGUCCACACACAAAUACGAAGCAAUUUAACCACAUUUAUAAAAGUUUUACAAAUGCGUAUAUCCAAACCUGAAUAAAUUGUGCAUAAAUAAUCACUAUUUAUUAACCUCAGCUCCAAGAAUUGGAUAAUUUUCUGGUUCAAAAACCUUUCUGUGUGUAGAAAUGUGUAAAAUUACACGUAACAUCUCUCUCGCUGGUUUACAGAACCUUACAUGUAUGUGCUUCACCUCAUACACACAGAUAGCAUGGUGGGGGAUUGAGACAAAUGUCCCACUGUCAGCUCCCCUGAGCUGCUUUCAUGCCCCAUUGCAAAACUUGGACAUCUAGGCUUUGUCUCUAUUCCUGCAUUCUUUUAUUUUACAUUUAUUGGUUUUCUUUUGAUAAAGCAGGCGUUAAUUUUUCUAAAUGAACAGAACAGCUCACUUCACUUCUGUAUGCUGACAAACAUGUGAUCCUGCUUUUUACUCCUUUGUUAUGAUUUAAUUUGAUGCUCUGUAGCCAUGCAGCGACAGAGUUUGCAUAUAUUAGAAUGUUAGGUUCAGUGAUGUCAUCAAAACAGUUUUAAAAAGGGACCUUUCAAAGUUCCAACUACAUACAAAAUCAAAUAGUUAUUAGUGAGUUUAGUCCAGGGAGUACAAUUUUGAAGCAGUUUCUGACAUGUCGUCAAAAUCUUGGCCGACCUUUACUACACCACGUGCUGUGGGUGAAAGUAAAUAUCUAGAACGCCACACUGAGCCCUGGUCCUUCAGGAUAGAGGACAGGACGUCAGAUGGGCGAAUCAAGAGCUCCAAAAGAAAAGAUGGUUCCACAGAGAGAUUGGAAAAAGCUUCAAAAAUAAGAAAGGACAGCGAAAAUCCAACCCCAGGCCCCAGCCAUGUUUUCUUUGAGAAGUCUGCUUUCAGAAAGAAGAGCAGCAAAAGAAAGAACAGAACAGAAGAACCAUGCAGUAAAAAGAGGAGGACAUCAAGCUCACAGGAGUCCAACAACUCCAUCGAUGAGACAGAUAAUCCUUUACCUAACACAUACAAAAGUCACAGUAAAGAGGACUUUGAAGAAAAAUAUGAAGAGCAGGAUGUGCUGGGUGAAGGACAGUUUGGGAAAGUAUUCUGUGGAAAACGCAGAGAAGACAAUUUCCAAGUGGUUAUAAAACAUGUUUCUCAGAAGUCACUCGACCGCCAACCAAUGCUUCUUAAUGGUGAAAAGACCAAAAUUCCUAUGGAGGUGGCAUUGCUGAUAAAAGUGGGGGCAGGACCAGAGGCUACAAGCAGCAAUGUGACCCCAGUUUUACUCGACUGGUAUGACUUAGAAAAAGAACUUGUUAUGGUCUUUGAAGGGAGCAAAAACAACAUAGACUUGGAAGUUUACCUGUUGAAAAGAAGAGAAAUGAUUUGUGAGAGCGACAUUAAGGCCAUAAUGAGACAGUUGGUAGAUGCAGCCACUGAAAUGCACUCCAAGGCAGUCACUCGAAGAAAUGGGAGAAAAUCACCGGCUCUAAACUUGCCGUUUAACGCCACCAAAGCCGAUUGCAUCACAGUUUUGCAGCUGGGCAGGGUGAUGGAUAGGCUGUUACACAACAUCUUCCAAGUCACCUCUGCCAAUAAGGUGUCUUUGAAGCGUACCGAUAUUUCAGAAAACUGCGAGAGUUUUCUGUUAGGUUGUCUGGCAGACAGUCAUGAAGACCGCCUCACCCUGGAGGAACUUCAAAAUCAUCCCUGGUUCAAAUGACUCAUCGACUCCAAGCACAACAGGGUUACAGAGCAUAAGCUCUAACAGAGAAGUAUUUGGUCAAAUUCUGAAGCCAUGUCACAUAUCUGUGUACGUUUUUAACAAUUAUGUCAUUUUUACAGGGCCAGCCCUCUAGAGGCACCCCACAAAAACCACGAGAUCGCAGUGGAACCACCCCCAGCAAUCCGUGGAAAGGGGAUCUCUCUUUGAAUUGCCUUUCCCGAGGUUUCUUCUCAAGUUUUUGAGGAGUUUUUCCUCGUCUUCUUAGAGAGCUUGUGCUGGGUUAAAAACUGUUGCUACUAGGAACCUGAGUUAUAAAUACAGGUGCAUAGUGGCAACCUGUAUUGCUACACUGAUCAAUUGAUCAAUUAAUUAUUCAUGAAUCAAUUUAACCAAAAAAAUUAUUGGACAAAUCUAAAGAAAUGUAUUAAUCAGGGAAUUAGUAGCAACAGUAAUUGGACAAUCUAAAUUUAUCAGUUAAUUAAUAAAUAAAUCUGAAUAAUUCA